AUGGCAGACGGGCUUAAUAAGAUGGCCCCGACAUCAACCACGACAUACAGGGAACUUGGCGACUCCACUAACAAUGUCUUGCUGAGAUUAGAAGCACACUUUGCAAGCUUUUAUGAAAAGCUAGAGGCAAGAAUAACAGAGCCACCUCCCCUGCAAGCUGAAGUGCCCCAGGAAGCCGAGGGCCAAGGCUUUUGCAAGCUUCCUUUGGGUGCAGCCUGCCAUCAAACCCCUGAAACCUUCCCCACAUACCUACCUCAGCCGAGGGCCAGUCGGGACUGGAUCCCAUCAUAAUUACCACACCAGCAUCAGUCCGACACUCUUAUUAUAUAUAUCCUUAAUAAGAAGAACCUGGCUAAGAAAUCCCAAGUCCAGUUGUGGGCCCUUAAACAGGCCCGAGGCUGGGAGGAUGCCCUACCUCAACACCGUCACUCUGCAAAACCUGAUGAACUCUCUGAUCAGCCAGACUGCCAACCGAACACUGGAGUUGGCUGA